UGAACUUUUGACACCAUCUUCCAUCAACUACGCCGACCUCUGACGACAGGACUCACUCUCUACACUUUGCAUAGCCGGCACAAACUACACCGGCAGAGCCUCUGUGACAGUUUCCAAGCCCUCAUCAUACAGAGAUACUGUUUUUUCAACUCUUGCACCCACAGGCCGCAUCUCAUAUCCAUCCAAGAAGCCAUUCCCCCCAUCUAGUCAACGGCGAUCUCUCUUUUGCGACUAUCAUACACCCGGCGACGCACCAGCUUCUCCAGUCGCAGUGCCAUGGCCUCUCCAACGACACAGCAGCCUGUGGGUGCACCAACUACGCUGCCAAACAAACCCGAAAACAAGCUCCCACCCAUUCCAGAUGGCUCUCGAAUCCGCAAACGCCCCCUUCCCCUCCCUCCUCACCGGGGCACCUUGAAGUCGGCCGCAUCCUCUGUCAAUUUCCAAAACCAGACGACACCCGACAUUGAUGGCUACCUGCCCCCUCCUCGCGCGAAUCGCACCCAGAUCAUCAAGGUGGCCUCUUCGGCCUCCCACAUGUCACUUGUAAAACGCGUACGAAAGGCACUGGAGAGCGCCCGAAAUAACCAACAGGGAACAACGAAAGGUCUGCCCUUGGCAGCACGUGUUGCCGCUCUGGGUGCGAAGAAUGGGAGAUCAGACCAAACUGGGCCAAUAUCAGAUGCACUGGAUGAUGUCGUGCUUAUUGCGACGGGGAGGGCAAUUCAGAAGGCGGUUGAGGUGGGGGCCUCGUUCACGAGAGAACGAGAUUUGAUUGUGAUUGCGAGGACGAGGACGGUACAGGCAGUGGACGACAUCGAAAUGAUGGACGAGGAUGCGGAGGAGGAGGACUCGGCGCGGGUCAGACAUGUUAGUUGUGUCGAGGUUGGAGUGAGGUGGGCCAGUUGA